AUGGACGAGGCCAGCAGACAAGAAAUCCAGGAGUGCAUCGAGCUCAGGGAGGAAAUCGAGAGGUUCAUGGCCAAUACCACCAUUCAAGGCAUGGACCAGUCUCAGCUGCUAGAAAAGUGGAAGCAUUCCGUCAUGUUGAUCGGCAAAUACAUCCGCCUGUUCUUUGACGAGGAAUUGGACAUCAAGUAUUGGGAAGAGGACUGGCCUCCUCCAGCAACAAUGGACGACCAGCUUGAAACUCUCGGUCGGAUUCGCCAUUUUGAGCGUUACCUUCGGUAUGCAGCUCACGGACGAGAGCUUUUCCCUCUUGCGGGCAGAGAGCACGAUGGUCCGAGAAUUCACAUGGAGUCCAUCCACAUGGACAGCUUGAUCAGCUAUGCUGUCUUAGCACGAAUUCUAUUCUUGACCCGGCGGGGCCGUCAAGGUCGAGGCACAUUCCCGACAGACGGGAGCUUGCGAUAUGACAACCCCGACUUUGAGGUCGAGCCCGAGGAUGUGAAUGGCUUGCUGCCUCAGCAGUACCAGUUUCUGCGCUAUGUGAAUAGACGCAAGCCUCUGUCUCUCGAGUGGGAAGCAGUGGUCGGACUCGUAGGCUCAAUCACCCUCGAGGAGUACCAACUCGUGGAAACAAUCUAUCUGCAAUGCGAGGCAGAGGGUAUUCUUUCUCCUUACACCGCCAAGCCCGUUGAGACAUUUACUACUCCCGGGACCAGCGAGGCGCUUGCUUCUGACUGCGGAGAUUGCCCAGCGUGUACAAAGGGGUUUGGCGACACGGGCGCGGAAGAUGUGGAGCCCGCGGUCAAGACUCGGUGUGGCCAUUUCAUGGGCAAGGCUUGUCUUCAAACAUGGGUGGAUGUAUGGGAGGACGAGGAGAAGACGGGCGUUCCGACAUGCCCACACUGUCGAGCGCCAUUGGACGACUUGAUUACUGUGUUGCCACCGAACGUGCAGCCCGUUGUGCGUGAGUGGAUGGCCUAUGCACGCAGCGACAGCGAGCUCGAUGGCGAGGUGGAUGCCUUUCCCUUGGCCGCGCGGGAACAGGAGGCUGAGCAGUGCUUCGAUGUUUCGUUGGGAGUCAUGCUGGAGAAGCUGGAAACGAGGCGGAAUCGGUUCCUCGCAUACAACGAUGCGGUCCAGGAGGGCAUUAUGCAAUGCUUGCGUAUCGGCUAG